AUGAACACCCAUUCAACAUCGGGCGGUCGGUAACGCCGAGCGAACAAACACCGUCGUUGGUUUCACCUUUUCAUCGACGCAGGCCCCGAUCUCAGGGAGCGCCAGCAUAAAGUAGGUUCUUUGGGGGUUUUAGGGAUUAUAGUAUUUGAAAAUCUACUUUUUGGCGUUGUACUGUACUAAAAACUUUUAAAAAAAUUAGAAAUUUUCAAAAAAUUGAAAAAAAACUUCCAAAAAACCACCUAAAAACCUCAUUUUAGUGGCGAAACGUGGCCUGGUAGCGCCGCAGAACACGUUCCUCGAAAAUGUGAUACGACGAUGUAAUAAUACAGGUAACACCCACAUUAACAACUGUCAUUGUUUGUGUUUUAGAUUGCAGCUUCAUUCUUGCCAAUGCGCAAAUUGUCGACUACCCCAUCGUCUACUGUAACGAUGGGUUUUCGAGGAUGAUCGGGUACACGAGGGCUGAAAUCAUGCAGAAACCUUGCUCGUGAGUUUUUUUUUGGGCUGGGAGGGGAGGGGGGGGUAAAAAAUAUUUAAACCGUUUUUGGGAUGGGUAAAAACAAAAGACAUCUUAGGCCGAUCGGAAAUUUUUGCAAAUUUUUGGGCGUGCUAAAAAUGAAAAAAAAAUUGGGCAGGGCAAAAAUUUUUAGAACUCUUUUGGGUUAGAUGAAAACAAAAAAUAUCUUGGGUUAAUCUGAAAUUUAUGAAAAUUUUUGGGCAUGGUAAAAAUGAAAAAAAAAUUUCGGGCGGGAUAAAUUUUAUUAAAACGUUUUUUGGUUGGGUAAGGCAAAAAAUCAUGUUGGGUUGAUCUGAAAUUUCUGAAAGUUUUUGGGCGUGUUAAAAAUGAAAAAAAAAAUUUUUGCGGGGUAAAAAUUUUUAAAACCUUUUUUUUGGCUGUGUACAGACAAAAAAUAUUUGGGCGGAUCGGAAACUUUUAAAAAUGUUUGGGCGUGGUAAAAAUGAAAAAAAAUUGGGCGGGGUAAAAUUUUUUUUUGUUUUUUUUGAAUUUUCUGACUUUUUUGAAAAAAUAUUGCUAUUACAUCUCAUUUCAGACUUUCUUUUACAUAUGGAGACAACACAGACCUGGAAACAAUUCAAAGGUUACAGUUCGCUUUUGACAAUGCAAAAACAGAGCAAGCUGAAAUAUGUGUUCAGAAAAAGAAUAGUAAGUAUUAGAAUAGUUGGACUGGGGUGUUGUUCGUAUUGAAUGCUCUGUAUUAGAUGCCGGCAUAAAGAACCCGCCAUAUUUUGCCUGUAAUUUUUUGUAAAAAUGGCGGGUUCUUUAUGUCGGCACUUAAUAAUUUUGUUUUACUGUACUGAGAAUAUUAUCAUUUUACUACACUGACAAUACUAAAGUUUAUUAUAUUGAGAAUACUAUCAUUUUACUAUACUGAGAAUGCUAAUUAUGAAUGAAAGUUGCAAAGAACUGCACUUUAAGCCAGGUGCUACAAAUCUAGACUCUUAUCAUAAUUAAGUACUCACUUUAUAUGAAACAUGUAUUAUUUGUACAUUUGGAAAGAAAAUUGCUAUACAUAUUCAUCUUACUGUUUUGUAUGAGUUUGGUUUUAUAGCAGCAUAUGUUUUAGUAUUGCAAAAUAUUGUAGUACAGUACGGUCUUCUUAUUUACAAAAUUGUAUUUUAUUUUGUAUAUGGUCAUUUCUACUAUAUUUUAUGCAGAAUUGUGUAUACAUUAACGUAUUAGGUAGUAAUAUGCAAUAAGGUAUCAUAUAAUAGUAUACAAUAAGGCGUUAUGUAGUAUUAUGUAUAUACAAUAUGUCAUAUCUUAUCAUAAAUACUUUCAGAAUCUCAAGUAUGGCUUCUAGUUCACGUAGCGCCGAUAAAAGAUGACAAAGGCCGGGUGGUGUUGUAUUUAUGUCAGUUUAAGGAUAUAACGCCGUUAAAACAACCUCUAGAUGAUGAAAACAAUAAAGGUAUGGUAAAAUGCGUCAAUAAAGUAACCUAUUUUGUAAAUUUCUGUACUAUACCAAUUUUUAUCUGCCAUGUUAUAUAGGUAUAUAAAGCCGAACUCGGGCGUAUAAGACUUCAUUAUUGGGUUUGCUAAGCCUACAGCUAAGCCUAAAAAGCUAUGCCUAAAGCUAAGCCUAAAGCUAAGCCUAAAGCUAACCCUAGAGCUAGGCCUAAAGCUAAGCCUAAAGCUAAGCCUAAAGUUAAGCCUAAAGCUAAGCCUAAAGCUAAGCCUAAAGCUGAGCCUAAAUCUAAGCUUAAAUCUUGUAUUUUUCAGUACUAGGCCUGAGUAGGAUAUUACAAAUAGCACGAAUAGCCAAAUCACGACAACAAUUCAAUCAGAUCGAGACCAAGGACCUGCACAAGGCCGGGAGUGGAGUUUCGUCGCAUUUUAACCAGGUAGUCUUGGGUUUUAGGGGAGGUCGCUUGAGUUUGUGCGUUUCCACACCCCACCAAUUCCUUAUUUGGUUCUACCGCAUGCUUACAAUCAGUGUUUUGCCGGACCGGUCCGGAACGUUUUUUUUUGGGUCCGGUCCGCCCUUAAAUUUUUUUCGUGUGUCCGGACCGGGCCGUAAAUUUUUUCAAUCGGUCCGGUCCGGCUCCAUUUUUUUUGGACCGGUCCGAACCGGACGGGUCCGGCAAACCACUGCUUACAAUUCUUGUCUUGGAGGUGGUGUGUAACAUUUUUAAAAUUUUUGAUUUUUUAAAAGUUUUAAAUUUAAAUUGGCAUUGUUGUCUAGUGUGAUCUUACUAUAAAGUAAAAUGUGUUACACAUGCUUCCAAGAUGAUGCUUUUGCUGUUGUCAACCCGAAUGUGCAAUAUGUGAAAACAACGUAUAUAAUUUGUUAUAGUUACAUUAGAUUUUCAUUUUUAAAACUUUAAAAUGCCUUGAUUUCAAAUUGAAAUUCUAAAAACAUGAAAAGCAUCGUACCAUACUAAGAAUGUAAAUAUUGUACCAUAGAGGUUACAUUAUUAUGCCACAAAUACAGUAGAGACAUAUGACGCUUUGCUGUUUUUAAUUUUGCAUUGCCUACACUUAAAAAGCUUAAGCAUUUUUAAAUAUUAGGCGCCGACACAAAGAACCCGCCAUUUUUUACAGCAAAUUACAGGCAAAGUAUGGCGGGUUCUUUAUGUCGGCAUCUAAUACUUGAAAAAUAUUAUGGUAGUUUUUUGAAAAAAAAAUAAAAUAAAUUACACUUAAUAUUCACUGCUAAAGUAAAUAUUAGGUAACAAUUUGCAAAAACACAGCUAUAAGAGUGUUAAAAACACGUUACGCUACGCAAAACCGCUACACAGACACUGGUUAAUCUUGAAUAACAAGGGAAAUUCAAAGUUUAAAACGAGGUUUUUUUAAUUUUUUAACUUUUUUUAAACAUAUUUUGGCUUUUGACUCAAUUUCAUACCUAAAUUAAGGUUUUUAGCUGAUUGUUCAUCUAAAAUAAGCUGUUUUAGACGAUUAAAAAUUUAUUUUGAAGACGAUUUUAUACCUAAAAUAAGACUUCAAAGUCUAUUCGAAUCUUAAAUUUUCCAAAUUUUUUAUUUUUCAAGACUAACUGUUACCCAAAAGCCGAUGCUUAAGUUUUGCCACGAUUGCACACGGUUUGGCAACAAGUAAGAGCGACUUCUUUCCCUAAAAAUCCCCCGCGCGUUGCCCUAAAGUUUUCACAAAUUACAUAAUUCGUCAGCAGUUGAUGAACCUGGGCGGUGAUAUGCUUCCACAGUAUCGGCAGGAGACUCCAAAGACCUCGCCUCAUAUUAUACUGCACUACUCCACCUUCAAGACGGUGUGGGACUGGUCGAUAUUGGCAUUGACGUUUUAUACGGCCUUUAUGGUACCAUUCAAUAUCGCCUUCAAGAAUAGGGAUGUACCGCCUAAGGGCAUGAUUGAUUAUGUGGCGUUGAUGGAUUCGAUUGUUGAUGUUAUUUUCUUCGCCGACAUCUUGUUGAACUUUCACACCACUUUUGUUGGUCCUGGCGGAGAGGUGAGGGUUUUAUAAGGCUUCUCAUAACUUAUUUUUAAAAAAGUUUGUUAUAUUUCAAUUUUAAAAUUAAAAUUUUGAAAAGAGACAGCUAUUAAAGAGAAAAUUAUAUUUUUCCAAUAAUUUUGUGACACUUCGUCUAAAUAAUAAUUUUAUUUCGAAAUUAGAUUUUUUUUUAUAAUUCUAUGGUACAAUAUUUUAGGUAGUAAUAGAACCAUCAACAAUACGAAGGAAUUACUUCAAAUCGUGGUUUGUGAUAGACUUGUUAUCAUGUUUGCCUUAUGAUAUCUUCUACAUGUUCAAGCAUGAUGAUGAGGUAUGUUUUUACUACUUUUUUUAGUAAUUUUAGGUAUGAUUCUCGAUUCUUUAUCUACUUCGGUUGAUAAAGUUGUUUGAUAGGUUUGGGUAUAACAGAAGAUUGUUAUAUUGUUUUAGGCAUAAAUCAAUUAUUUCGGAGUUUUUUAGGUAUAAAUCAUAUUUUUAUUGAGAGUUUUAGGUAUAAACUAGACAGUUUUUGUUUUUUAGGUAUAAAAUUUCAUGUUUUUACUUAGUUUCUAGUCAAUUUUGAACAAAAACAAGAUAAAACGUUCAAUAUUAUACAUGUUUUUGAUGCUGAACUUUGUUUUUUCUUUCUUUCUGUAACAAAUCUUUAAAUUUGUUACCUAAGAUACUUUUUUUUCAGCGGAUAGGAUCCUUGUUUUCGGCGUUGAAAGUAGUGCGAUUGUUAAGAUUGGGGCGGGUGGCACGAAAGCUGGACAACUAUCUGGAAUACGGAGCUGCCACCCUGCUAUUGUUGUUAUGUGCCUUUAUUCUUGUUGCUCAUUGGAUGGCGUGUAUUUGGUAUGGUAUUGGUGAUUGGGAGAUACGGCAGAAGGUCCAGGACCCGUUUCGACCGGAUUCGUGGCUCAUGAAGCUGUCGCACGACCUGAAAAUGCCGUUUAAUUUCGCAAACUCGACGUCGACAAGGCUGGUCGGAGGACCGGAUCGGGUCAAUGCGUACAUGUCGGCAUUGUAUUUCACUUUGAGUUGUAUGUCUACGGUUGGGUACGUUUUUGGGUUUGUAUUGGAUGGAAUUUUGGAGGUGUUUAGACCUAUUUUAGGUAUUAAAAUGAUAAAAUUUGGCUGAAAAACAUGCAAAACUUUAAAAAAUCGGUUUAGAUUUAAUGAAAAUUUUAAAAUUUUUUUAGAGUAUUUGAAAGUACUGUUUUUGUACUCAACUUCUACCUUUUUCAGCUUCGGCAACAUAGCAUCAACCACAUUUUUGGAGAAAAGUUUUGGUGUCUUCCUCAUGAUAAUAUCCGCUCUGUUAUACGCCAUGAUAUUUGGUCACAUGACCACGAUUAUCCAACAGAUGACCUCAGCCACAGUCCGUUAUCACGAGAUGAUUUCGAAUGUUCGAGAGUUCAUAAAACUUCAAGAAGUGCCAAGAGAGUUGGCAGAGCGAGUUAUGGAUUAUGUGGUAUCCACAUGGGCAAUGACAAAAGGCAUUGACACGAAUAAGGUGUUGGGGUAUUGUCCGAAGGAUAUGAAGGCUGAUAUAUGUGUACAUUUGAAUCGAAAGGUGUUUAACGAGCAUUCUUGCUUUCGCCUGGCUUCUGACGGGUGCUUGAGGUCGUUGGCUAUGUAUUUGGAGGUGAGUCGGGGUGGUUUUUGGGGCUUGACAUUACUUCUACUUUUAUUUGUACUUCUGCUAUUACCUCUAACAUUACUGCUACCCAACAAUCCUUCCUUUUAUUUAAAAAUGCAUUUACAGAGUAACCACGCCGCGCCGGGCGAUCUCCUCUAUCACACGGGUGAAUCGGUCGAUGCAUUAUGGUUUGUCGUGUCGGGUUCUUUGGAAGUGAUUCAAGACGAAGAAGUUGUGGCCAUAUUAGGGAAGGGAGAUGUGUUUGGCGAUGAGUUUUGGCAAAGUCCUCAUUACAAACCCGGCCAAUCAGCGGCCAAUGUGAAGGCUUUGACAUAUACGGAUCUGCAUAUGAUAAAACAUGAAAAGUUGAUGGAUGUGUUGAACUUCUACAAGGCUUUUGCCAAUUCAUUUGCGAGGAAUUUGGUUCUCACUUACAACUUGACUCAUCGGGUGGGUUUUGGCAGUGUUUUUGAUGUUUAAGCUGAGACUUUUAUACAGUUUUUGAUAAAAAUGAUGUUUUUUGUUAAUUUUAGGUAAUAAUUUAGGUUUUUUAGCUAAUUUUAGGUAAUAAAUUAUGUCUUUUAGCUAAUUUUAGGUAAUAAAAUAAAUUUUGUGUAAAAACUUUCUCAAAAACAUUUUUUUAAUCAACUUUUAUAACUUUAGCUAUGAAAACUUUGAUUUUAGUUGAAAUUCCGAAAAGUUGUGGACGUGAAACGAGAGAAGGAGCUAGAUGAAAGGCGGAAGAAUGAGAAGCUGGACAUUUCUGACGAUCAUCCAGUCCGAAAACUGUUGCUACGAAUGCGAGAACGGCACGCUAUUCAUCGAAUGGGAAAUCAUACCGUGGAUUUGGAAAAGGUUUGUUUUUUACUUAAUUUUUGUGGUUUUAGGCUACUAUAAUAUCGUGGAAAAUGAGAAAUUUGGCUACUUUUCAAUGUCAUAACUAGUUUUUAAUGGGUUUAUAUUUUAAAAUGACUUUUUUCAAAGAUCAACCCAAAAAUUACAGGGUAACUACCGCUCAACCCUCUCCAACUCAACUCACUCAAUAAGUCAUGUCGACGAGACUAUACCUCAUCAUCCUCGUCGAGCACCAUCCCAACAAUCUCCAACACCUCCACGAUCGCCGAGCUUCUUGGGAAGGAGAAGAUCUCAUUUCCUACGCGGAAAAACGUUCGACGAAGACUCUGCCAGCGCGAAGAACGCGCGGAGAGGCGAAUUCACGGAAGGUCCACCACCUCGUAGUACUACGCUUACUGUUAUCGACCAGCAGCCGAGGGUAAGACAAUGUUUUGGAUUUUUUAAUUGAAAAUGAAGAUUUUUAAAACUUUUUUAAAAUAAAAAAAAAUUAAAAUGCUGUCUUUCAGCCCAUAAGUCGUCGGACCGACCACAGUCCAUCGACCCACAACAUCGACCGGAUCGAGACUCGCAUUGCCAAUAUCGAACGCAUGUUACAGUUGCUGUGCAAUCAACGACAAGGAGGUAAUGGUUACCUAGACGUGUCUUAGGUACAUUUUACACGCCAUACCUUCAGGAAAUUUGAUGUUUGUUGUGUAGCACUUGAUUUUCGUUUUUAUUGGACUACUGUAACAUAAGUUUUAGUAAUGUAAAGCUAAUUUUAGAAUUUAACGUUACAGUGUGUUAAAGAUUACUGUAACUUUUAGUACUGUAAAAUUGUUUUCAGUACGUUGUACGUACUUUUUAGUACUUUUAAGGUUUUUUUAUGUUACAGUAUGAACUUAUAUACUUUUUUAUUUUUAAAAACACACACUUUUACACUACUCACAAAAUUUCCUGUAUGGUACCUAUUCAUCCUACCCUCACAUUCCCAAUUAUUCAGGCGCCACCCCCUCGACCUUACCCAUGGAUACGUACUCACAGUUUGGCGAUGUCUCACCUUACCAUCUUCCAGUCACCACCCAAGCCUCAAUCGGCAACAAUGUAACCCAACAACGACAAGAUCCUCAAAACAGGACGGCGGUAGUACCACCACUGAAUUUGUCCAUGGAAUCGUUGACACCGUACGCCGAUGAGGAUAUUACGGUAACUUCGGGUUAUGACGCGCAAACCGGUGCUUUGUCACCAAUGUCACCCGGCCAUUUGCCCAUGAUUAAUAUACAGCCGGAGAGUGGGAGAAGAACGCUGUCCGACCGGUCGACAAGCUCACAGCACACUGAAGAGUCGCCGCCGGAACGGCCGAGGAGGUAG